CCCAAAAAUGAAUCCUCACACCUCAAUAAUCCUCACCUCUUUUCUACUCCUACUCUCCAUCUCAACCGCCACAAAACCCCCUCGAAUCCAAGACUCAUUCCCAAAAUGCGUAGCCAAACACACCGAUAGAUUCACACCUUCAAACACCUCCACCUUCUUCGGCGCCCAAACCUCUCUCUACACCUCCCUCUUACACUCCACCGCCCAAAACCUCCGCUGCCUCCUCCCCUCCAUGCCCAAGCCGCUCCUCAUCUUCACGCCGCUCACCGAAUCCCACGUCCAAGCCGCCGUCCUCUGCGCCAACCACCUCCGCGUCCACCUCCGCAUCCGCAGCGGCGGCCACGACUACGAGGGCCUUUCCUACACAUCGGAACUCAAAUCCCCGCCGCCGUUCAUCCUCCUCGACCUCGGGAAGCUCCGCGCCGUCGACGUCGACAUCCGCUCCAGCACCGCGUGGGCCCAGGCCGGGGCCACCAUCGGCGAGCUCUACUACCGGAUAUCGGAGAAGAGCAAAACGCACGGCUUCCCCGCUGGUUUAUGCACCAGCCUCGGCGUCGGCGGCCACAUCACCGGCGGCGCGUACGGCCCGAUGAUGCGGAAGUACGGCCUCGGAGCCGACAAUGUCGUCGACGCCAGAAUCGUCGACGCCAACGGAAACGUCCUGGACAGGAAAUCCAUGGGGGAGGACACGUUCUGGGCGAUCAGAGGCGGCGGCGGCGGAAGCUUUGGAGUUAUAUUAGCAUGGAAGGUCCGGCUCGUCAGGGUCCCACCCACAGUAACGGUUUUCACCGUACCGCGCACGAUAGAGCAAGGCGCGACCAAAAUCUUAUACAAAUGGCAGCAAAUCGCUGACAAAAUCGAUGAGAAUCUUUUCAUCAGAGUAAUAAUCCAGCCUGUCCCUGCAGCGGCGGCAGGAAACAGGACGAUUAUGACCGCGUACAACGCGGUGUACCUGGGCCGAUCCAGCUCGCUUCUGAGAGUCAUGAGCUCGAAAUUCCCGGAGCUGGGGCUGACGAGGAAUGACACGAAGGAAAUGAGCUGGAUCGAGUCGGUGGUGUACAUGGGGAGCUUCCCCGAGGGGACUCCGACAGCAGUGCUGCUGUCGGGGAAACCAGCGUUCGUGAACUACUUCAAGGCGAAGUCGGAUUUCGUGAAGGCGGCGGUGCCGGAGGCCGGGCUGGAGGGGCUGUGGAAGGUGAUGCUGGAGGAGGAGUCGCCGCUGACGAUAUGGAAUCCGUUUGGCGGGAAGAUGAGCCGGAUUCCGGAGGGGGAGAUUGCGUUCCCGCACCGGAAGGGGGUGGUGUUCAUGGCGCAGUAUCUGACGACGUGGCAGAGCGAGAAGGUGGAUGUGGGGAAGCGGUACGAGUGGAUGCACAAGCUGUACGAGUAUAUGGCGCAGUACGCGUCUAAGAAUCCGAGGGAGGCGUAUGUUAACUACAGAGACGUGGAGAUCGGGAUGAAUAAUUGCAGCUCCGUUGAGGUUGAGGGUAUUGGUAGGGAAUGGGGGAGUAAGUAUUUCAAGGGUAAUUUUGAGAGAUUGGUGCAGGUGAAGGCUAGAGUGGAUCCGCAUGAUUUUUUCUGGCAUGAGCAGAGCAUUCCUACCUCGCUCUACAAAUAAUCUCAUCAACUUUGCUUAUCUUUUUAUUAAUUAACCUAAUUUUGUUUCUUCUUCUUUUCUCUGUUGUAACUUUUUGUUUGAUUCUGAGCUGUUAUGUGAUAAAUACUCCCUCUGGCCCAUUA